GGUUAGAAACUCAGAUGAGACCACCAAAUUGGAGAUACCAACCCUUCCGGGAGGAUUUUAUUCUUCUCAUUUCCCGGCCAGCAUGGAUUUUUUCAAUCACAACUACUUGAGUGCCAGGGGGGCCUACGACUACACAUUUAAUUUCUGGAACGACUACCUGGGCCUCACCACGCUGGUCACCAAGAACCCUAAACUGAGCAUGCCCCACAUCAGCCCCAACUCCAUCACCGAGUCCCUGAAGGCAACGCUGGGACUGGACGACGCGCCCGAGUGCGUCUGCGCUUGCGCCUGCGAGGGCGGCGCGCUGGAGAGCGGCGGCGGUAGCUGCUGCUGCUGCUUCGGCUGCCCGCCCGGCACGCCACCUCCGCCGGGAUACGUCGCGGAACUCAAGGAGCGCUUUUCCAUCCUCAGCCCCUUCCAGAGCCAGCUGCCGGAGCGGGAGGCGCACGGCUGCUUCCCCGGCUUCGAGCGCACGAGGACCCGCAGUAAACCGGCAUCCGUGCGCGCCAAGCUGGAGCCCAAAAUCUGCGUGUUCUGCCGGAACAACGGCGCCCCCGAGGAAGUGUACGGCUCGCACGUCCUCAAGACGCCCGACGGCAGGGUGGUGUGCCCCAUCUUGCGGGCGUACACUUGUCCACUGUGCAGCGCCAACGGGGACAAUGCACACACCAUCAAGUAUUGCCCGCUGUCCAAGGAGCAGCCCCCGCAGAGGCCACUCAAAGGCGGCCGUGCUGUGGGGGGUAAGCGGAUGAAAAUAUUCUAAAGAGACAGAGAGAAAUAAUCGAAAAAAAAUAAGACUUAAGUAUGAUGAAGAAUUGCACUGAACAAUUUGCAGAUGACUGUUGCUUUUAAUUAGACACGUAUUCCAUACACGUUGACUAUUCAUGCAGGGGUGUCCAACAAAAUACACAUUAAAUAUAGUAUUUAGGCCGAGCCAAUGUAGGUCUGAAUAUUUUCAGCAGUUAAACAUAUAUUUUUAAAUAUACUGUAUGUUUUGUGUUCCAAGCAACCAAGAAAAUGGUACUUUUUUAAAAAGAACUUUUUAGUCUGGUCCUCAAUCUCACUUGUCAUUAUCUAUGCUUAGAUAAAGUAAUAUUUGUUUUUCUUUAACUAUUAGUGUGCACGCGUGUGUUUGUGUGUGUGUGUGUGUGUGUAUCGAAUGUUUAUUUUUUACAUUUUAUUUUUAGGGUGGCCCCAAAUCUAAUUUUUGAAGUUUUAAUUUGAAUCGUUUAAAAAUGUAAUACAUUUUCAUUACUGUUUUUUGUUAAUAUAUAUUUUCCUUUUUCUUGUCUUUUAAAAAAAAACUUUUUGUUGUCCUAACCCUCAUUUGUUAUGUUAAUUUUUAUUAUUCCACAAUUUAAUACUUUUCCAUUUUUUUACUAUUUAGGGUUGUCUUGCAAAUUUGAAUUCUUAGGACUUUUUUCCUCAUUUUUUUAUAUUUGGGAAUAUUUGGAACUUUUUGGUGUGGCAGUAAACCUGCUAAUUUUUAUUAUGACAGAAUGUUAUGUUUUUCACUUUUCUAUCCUUUUGUUUUCUUGCAACGGCCCAUAAAUAAAUAUUCGGCCACACAGUAGACCCCGUGCCGCACUUUGGACACCACCGAUGUAUCAAGAUCUAUUUUUAUAGUUCCUUUACACGCUUAUAGACACCUUCUUCCUUGGAUGCAUUUUUUCUUUUUUAGUGUAUAGCGAUUGGCGAGCUAAUAUGUGUGUAUAUAAACACACCAAUGUACAGUAAUCACACAGAGAUAUGAACAAAAACAAGAAUAUUUUGGGUAGUGGGAAUUUGAAUGUUAUGUUUCUAUAAUGUGUAUUUUUGUACAUCUGGCAGCAAAGCUGACCUUAUUGUCGUCAUUUAGAAAACCAAAGUUUUGUUGGCCAUUAAAAACCUUACUGUUAUGUUGCCGGUCAUCUUGACCCAUAUGAAACUUGAGAAUUUUUUGAUUUUAAAUCAUUGGAAUGAAAUGGUUUGGGGAUGAAUUAAUAAUUACGCAUAUACAAUGGUUACAAUGGUACAAUGGUUUUUGUUUUUCGGUUUUGGAUACUGUUGGAUUAUUAAACAAGGCCUAGGUCGAAUUGAUCCAAACGAAACUAACUAACUUAUUGGUUAGUAAGAGUUAUGAAUAACGUUUAAACAUUGAUUGUUCAGAAUUUUCUUCCCAUUUGGACAGUUUGAAAUCAUUAAACAAGCCCUGGGUCAAGCCGACCCAUAUGAGCAUUCUUCUUGGCUGAAUGAAAAUGUUUAAUUUCACAUAUGUUCAAUGAAAUGGUUAGUUGUAGAGUUAAUAAUCAUAUAAAAAAAUGCCCCCCCCCUGACCACGCCCCUUUUCCCCUCAUUUAAGACACUCGUGGAUCAUGGAAAACUCACCGGGGCAAAUUGACACAGUCGACACCAAUUUUGCUUGGUCUCAGAAAUAUAACAUUUGAAUGAAGCUAUGUUUAUUGGUAUUGUUUUUAAAUUCCGUUUAAGACACAUUUGUAGUUUGAAGCAUGCCCUGGGUCAAAUUGACCCAUAUAAAGCUUAUUGAUAAAAAUGUUCAAUUUCACAUAUGACAAUGAAAUUGAGAGUCAUGGGGUUAAUAUAACAUAAAAUAUGUUCAAUGGGAUUUUCUUCCAUUUCUGAACUUUUUGAUCAUACCAUGGGUCAAAAUGACCCUUAUGAACCUUCUCAAUUAAAAAUAAGUCCCAUAUUUGCAAUGAAAUGAUUAGGCACAGAAUGGUACAUGUUUAUUGGGAUUUUCAUAAAUACAGUUUUGCACAGGUUUGCAUACUAAAACUUGCUCUGGGUCAAAUUGACCCAUAUCAAACUUAUUGGUGAAACUGGUUAAUUUCAUCAAUAUUUGCAAUGAAAUUGGUAUUCAUGGAGUUAAUACAGACAUAUAAUUGCUGUUUAUUGUGAUGUUUUUGUUCAGUUUCUGAUACAUUUGGAUCAUCAAAUACACCACAGGUCAGAGUGACCGGAUGAAACUUCUUGAUGAAAGCAAAAUGUUUCACAUUUUUUAAUUGAAAUGCUUCAUAAUCAAGCUCAUAAUGACAUGUAAAAAAUGGAUUGGUAUGUUUGUGACUAUUUUCUUGUCAUUAUUGAGACUCAGUCAAACAACGCUCUAAACACACACUAACACACACACCGGGUCAAAUAGACCCACAAACAUUAAUGCUGCUCCUGAGCGAACAAAGUAAUCAAGAGGGUUUAACAUAAGAAUGUGUCCAGUCAGGAGUCGUUUGAUCCCACAAAAGUUGACAUUGAGGCCGCAAAAUAUGCGGGCCCCCAGUAGGACACAAUACAAUGUGUCCUCUGUUUAAGUGAGCUCCUGUUCUUUUCCUUCAAGGAAAGUAUUUUUCCCCCCUCAUUUUUUUCCAAGCCAAACGCCUUCGUUUUUGUUUACAUUGCCAAAUAAGGGCAUCAACACACUGGAUUUUGCGCUUCUUCCCACUCGGAGACAAGCAAAUGAAUGUCAACCACACGCCCGUUUUACCGAGGAGUUCCCAAAUAAUCAACAAUAAUCAUGCAAAACUGUUUGCGAAUGUAUGCAGGACUGCGCCUAUCUUGACAGUUUACCAAAGGAAUCAACGGUUAAGGCUGGCAUGCGUGCUUGCGUGUUGAUGUCAGUAUUUGAACAAAGAGUGACCACAAGAGGGCGCUACCUCAACCAGAUUUUUGUACUUUAAAGAAAAAAAAACAAGUCUAAGGCAGUUUAUUGAUAGAGUGCCAUUUAUAAUAAUGGGUUUUGAUAGUAUUUUGGAUCUUUGUAUAACAAUUGUUGCAUUUAACACAAGGAGAGAGAGCGUUACAGAGAGCGUUGUGUAUAUACCAAUGAACAUGCCCAUACAUUUUAGGCAAAUAUACUUUGUUGUUGUUGUUGUCAUUGUUGUUAUUGUUGAUGUUUGGAUUAAAUGAAGAAGUGAUGAUGAUGAAAACACUGUUGUUAUUUAUAUUUGACCACAUUUCUGCGCAGAAUAACAAAUAUAUGAACUCACUAUAGAGAAAUAAUAAACUGAUGAAAUAUUUGUCCUUUUA